AUCACCACCACCACCACGGCCACGACCUUACCUACUUUCCUUCAAUUCAUUCUGUUUCUGUUUCCUAUAUACUCUCAUCCAUUUCUCCUUAAUUCCAUUUGUAGUUGCUUCUCUUGCCAGCAUAGAUAGAUAGAUAGAUAGCUAGCUAGCUAGCUAGUUAAAUUGGUUUCGUUUCCUCUGCAUUUGCAUUCUCACUUUUUAACUCCACACAAGCAUGCAUGCAUACAUACAUACAUACACAUAUGCACUCUUUCCCUCCACGGAAUGUGCUGUGUUGUUGUCUUUUGUUUAUUUAUUCAUUUUUCUGUAUGGGUCGAGUAGAACGUGCAAGAUUGCUGUUUUGCAAUAUUUGCUUGGAUGGGUAACUGUGCUUCAGCUGAAUAAUGUUGAAUUUGGAACAGCUAGUUGGGGCUGGAGUUCAUCUUCUUCUCCUACUUGGUGUUCCCAAGUUGUAGUGAAGGCCUCAUCAUCAUCAGACGAGAGCCCUGUUGACGCCAAUGAGCUGAUCGAGGAUCUAAAGCAAAAGUGGGAUGCCGUGGAGAACAAGCCUACUGUGAUCCUGUAUGGAAGUGGAGCGAUUGUUGCACUUUGGUUUGCAUCUGUUGUUGUUGGUGCAAUCAACUCUAUCCCUCUGGUUCCGAAGAUGAUGGAGUUGGUAGGGCUUGGAUAUGCUGGGUGGUUUGUGUACCGCUACCUCCUCUUCAAGUCGAGCAGGAAGGAGCUGGCAACAGAUAUAGAAGCCCUGAAGAAGAAGAUUUCCGGAGCGGAUCAAUGACUCCCUCCUCCACUCCACUCGUCUCUUCAACUUGUCCCUCUUUGUGUAAGGGAUACAUGGAUGAUCAGAUCUUGCUCUCUCUCUCUCUCUCUCAUCUGUGUGUGGCCAUGCCCACUAUACUGCAAUUUCUCUCACUCCCUUCUCCCUUACUUAAGCACACAUGACAUACAUAGACAUAGACGCUCAUAGUCUAGUCUAGUCUCGUCUAGUCAAUCAAUCAUGUACAACAAAAACACCACCCAACCCCUUCCUUCUCCUUCUUCUUCUUACAUUCAUGCUCAUAUUCAUACA